UAUACUAACAACCUUUUUAAAUCCCUCGUACGCUAAAAUGCCAGAUCUAUCAGUGAAUGCAAAAUUGGUAGUUAUAACUCUGGGCCUGAGAGAGGAUUCAUUUUAACCAAGGUUUAGGAUGACUUAAUCCUGAAAAAAUAGUUUCCUUGUCAUAUUUGUUUUGAUUUGGUCAUCUCUAAUAUUGCUUUUUAAUAUCACUUGUCAAUAAUUGUAUACUGGAAUAGUUUCUUAUAUUACCUACUUAUUGAAUGCGUAUUGUCAAUAAUUUUCAGAGUACUACAAGUGUUCCACAUGCCUCAAACUCAAGACUUUCACCGCUACCUCUGGAACCUGCCGGUUUCAGUUAUGACCGUAGGGCAACAAUUGAUAUUCCUCUUGAUACAGCUUCAGGAGGAUCACAAAAUCAGGAAGUGAGGCGGAAAGAAGAGGCAGUGGCAAGAGCUGGAAUUAUUGUGGAAGAGAAAAAUUGGCCACCAUUUUUUCCAAUCAUUCAUCAUGAUAUUGCCAGUGAAAUUCCAAUUCAUCUACAAAGAUUGCAGAUUGGUUCUAUGCCUUUUGGGGAACAUCAUAGCCGUUACUACAACAUGGAUCAAAGGGGAAGGGCAAUGAAAUUGUACACUGCUCAAAGUGGAUCUAACAAAAGGGUUAGCAUCAAUUGGAUCAAUUGUUUUGUGUCCUUGUCAGUCGGGAGGUACCGAGUGUGGAUAUUAUGUUUGUAAGUUCAUGAAAGAGAUAGUCGAGAAUGGACUUGAA